UUCAGCUGAUUAAUGAUAAAAAUAAUUAUCAGUAUUAUUUAAUAAUACAAAAGGUUACAAUAAAAAUGUCACUGUUAAAAAUACGACUAGCAAAAAAUCCAAUUAAAUACUUAAUUAGGAACUUGAAACGAAACUUUUCACAAGCAAAACCAGCAAAUAUAGAAUUACAAACCCCUUCUUAUAUACAACUGUGCGAUGACUUCAACAAAGAACCAGACCUAUCAGUGCUCUUGGUCAACAACAUGACAGUCCACCAUGAUUUCAUAUCGGAAUCAGAUGAAAAAAGCAUCCUGGACGAAAUAGAGCCAUACUUGAAACGGAUGCGCUACGAAUUUGACCACUGGGAUGAUGCGAUUCACGGUUAUAGAGAAACGGAACGUUUAAAAUGGAAUGAAAUGAACACUAAAAUUUUGGACAGGGUUAGAGCUUUGGCGUUUCCUCCCAAUGUUGGCCAAUUGAAGUAUGUGCACAUAUUAGACUUGGACAAAAAGGGCUACAUUAAGCCACACAUUGAUGCCGUCAGAUUUUGUGGAGACACAAUUGCCGGCUUAAGUUUGUUAACCGAUAGUGUCAUGAGGCUGGUACAUGAUAAGAAAAAGAACUUGUACGCGGAUGUUUUGUUAAAACGACGCUCUUUAUAUAUAAUGAAAGGUGAGGCAAGAUUCGACUACACCCAUGAAAUACUCAGCAAUGAGAACAGCCACUUCAAAGGAGCCAAAAUCGAAAAGGAUCGACGAAUAUCUGUGAUUUGUAGAAACGAACCUGAUCCUAAAUAUAGAAAUUAAACAACUA